CAUGAAUGUAACAGCAUCAUUUCUGAUUCCUCUCAUUUCUCACAGAUCAGAGCCUCUGCAGAGCAACUCAGCAAAGCCAGCAGGCAUGCGUCCAUCCAGCAACAUGUCAUUUGAACCGGGACUGGAACGUGGGGUGCCAUGGGGUCGAGACCUUUUUACAUUUGUGACAUCGGCAGCAGGUCACAUGAUGCGGACCCUGCAAAAGCCGCGCAAGAACAAGCCAUCCAAACGGCAGGUCAACCACCGCAGGUUUCUCCACAACAUGAUCCAGAGGUAUUUUAAAAGAGCAUGACAGAUAGGAGGUUACUUCAAAUAAUUAAUACUUUUUUUUGCUAAUUAACACUUUUGUUACCUCACAGGAAAUUUGCUGAAAUAGAGGCCGCCAAUCAACAGUUGGCCACAGCUCUUUUUUCAGCAGACACCUCACAGAGCCAUCUGAAACCAAAAUCCCACAAUCAUACCAUCGAAUCUCUGAAAAACACAGAAAAAGCUUCUGCUAACUCUUGCGAAACCAAAACACUGUCAAAGCAGCAGGAUGAGGUUAAUGAUUACAGGACAUUAAAGAGCGCUGUGGUUAACCCCGACACAACGUCCUUCAAAAGCAAGGCUCUGAAUAUUCUGAACAGUGGAGAAGACAGUCACCCAUGGGAAAGUGUGGAGGUGUUUGAACACAGCCAAGAAAACUCACCAAGACGAAGCUCUGACUUUAACUGUGAAAGGGAACAAAAUCAGUCUCCAGCUGCUGAUCUGGACAACCUGACACAGGUUACCAACAUGAUUCUGGAGGACAGUGUGUUCACUUGGCUAGAAAGUAUUGAAAGGAUAAGACAUAAUAAGAGUUCUGAGGCAGACAUCACUGAAUCAGCUGACGUAGCACAAGACCAGCCGUAUUUAGGGAUAACGUUGUUUGAUAUGUCCCUCAUCUCACCAGCAGUGUCACCCUUAUCGUUGGAUUCACUGUCAUGUGAUUUUGAAGAACAAAUGCACCCUGAAAGUGAACACAGCUCUGAAGUGCAGCAAAUCACAGAGAGUCUGGAGAUGGAUGUGAUGGAGAAUCUUGAACUGCUGGCUGCUUCAGAGGAGUAUCUACAGAGCCAUCAUAAUGAUCAAAUGAACGUGGCUAGCAGUGUUUGGAACAUUCAAAGUGAGGAGAAUCGGAGCCAUUUUCAAGGUAGCCUGACAUUUCUUAACACCUCACCUGAAGGGUAUGUCAUAGAUAACCCAACAGAGGCAGACUGUGCUGGUGGAGUCAUCCCUAAAGGACUGGAACCUGAGCCCCUGAUUGAUACAGAGUAUGACUUGAUCAGUUACUCUGCCUGCAGUCUAGCACCCUGUGAAUAUGCUGCUAGAGAAAAAGAACAGACAAAGGACUGCUAUCUAAGUCAGCUUGAUAUUAGCACAUCAUUAAACGAGCAGAACGACACCUGGGGUGCGUCUAAAACAGCCUUAAAAGGCUUUGAACAGAGGGACUUUACAAACCACACCCUUGAUAGUCAAGCUUUACAAAAACCUGCGCAUGCUUCGUCAAAUCAGACCUCUUCUAUACACAGGAACCAGCAGCAUCCCACUCACAAAGAUCAUACCCAAAUCAUAACCACAGACCCAUAUUAUGAUCUAUCAGGUGCAGAAAAGAACAGAAGCAUUGAGACAGGACCCUCACUGAAUCCAAAUUCUGUCUACACUAGUCCUCCAAACCCACUUUCCUCAUCCACAUCACACUGCUACAGCUUUGAAGAUCAAAGACAAGAUAACAGCACUUACAGAGGAGACUUCUGCUCAUAUUCAGUUGACGAAUCUGAUGUGAGUAUUCCCAGUUUUGAGGGUGUGGCUCAAUCAUUUCCUGCCCCUGUGAAUAAACCACACCCAUAUUCAAUUUCUACUCCUCUUUUGAAUGAUGAUUGGCUUUUCAGCAACAUAGUAGCUGAGCAGGAUUUCAACAGUAUGGUCAGAUCACAAGGAUGUGCUCACUGUUGAAGGCUACAUACUGAACAUAAGCCACAGUUUCGUGUAUGAUUUAAAUGAGGUGGAGAUAUUGUAGAUUGGACACUGCGAUGAGGUCAGAAACCUGCCCCAUUACAAAGGUACUUCACCCCUUAAUAGGUGCUGUAUAUGAUUCUGGGCAUCAUAUUAUUUUUUUGUUGUUGUUUUUUUCUUGUGUGCCAUUUGAACAUACAGUUCUGGAAAAAAAUAAGCAAUUUUGCUGUUUAUAGGUAUAUGUAGAAGAUGAGAAAUUGCC